AUGGCAGCUGUGAAAGGCUGGUUGGUGGGACUCCUGCUGGUUCUCUUGUCCCCGUCCCCAGUCCCACUCUCUGGACUUGUGAGCGCCCAGGAUGUGGCUGAUGCAGACGAAGGCCUCCAUGUCAGAGAUGCCGAUGAGGUUGUAGCUGAGGAGGGUGAAACCGCUGAAGGUGAUGAUGACACAGGCGAGGAAGAGGAACAGGUAGAAGAGGAUGAUGAGAAUGAAUCAGAUGAAGACGCAGAAGAAACUGAUGAACAGGAGGAGGAAGAGGAGGCUGAGGAGGAAAAUGCCGAGGAGGAGGAGGAGGAGGAGGAGGAGGAGGAGGAAGAGGAGACUGCUGAGGAGGAAGAAGAUGCUGUUGAGGAGGAAGAAGAUGCUGAGGAGGAGGAAGAAGAUGCUGAAGAGGAGGAAGAAGAUGCUGAGGAGGAAGCCGAAGAAGAGGCUGCUGAGGCUGAGGAGGAAGAGGAGGAGGAAGAGGCUGCUGAGGAGGAGGCGAAAGAAGAAGAGGAAGAGGCUGCUGAUGAGGAGGAGGAUGAGGAGGAGGAUGAAGAAGAGGCUGGCGAGGCAGCAGCUGAGGAAGAUGAGGAGGAAGAAGGGGAAGAGGCUGCGGAUGAGGAGGAGGAGGAGGAGGAGGAGGAGGAUGAAGAAGAGGUAGCAGAAGAGGAGGAUGAUGAGGCAAAUGAGGUAGAAGAGUUACCUGAAGAGGAGAAGGAGGAGGAGGAAGAGGGUGAUGAUGCUGAGGAGGACGAAGAAGAGGAAGAGGAGGAUGACUCUGAGGAAGAGGAUUUCCGCUCUGGCUCUUUGUGUAGCGUUUGCACCAUCUGUGAGUACUGCUCUAAAAACUGUGACAACUGCCCCUGUGAAGAGGGAGAUGACUCUGAUCACUGUGAGCUCUGCCAAGACUGUUCAUCCUGCUACAUUUGCCCUAUACUGUGUGACACAAUUUGCACACCAGGUGGCCUUGUUGAUGAGCUCACCGGUUCUAUCUUUCAGUAA